AUGGAUCCCCAGCUCCACCCGCCGCCUUCGCGUCAUACCCCACCCCAAUCCAACUCGGACCGCAUCUCCCUCGACCAGCCGCAUCUCCAACAACAUCAUCAACGUCAUCAGCCCGACAUCGCCUACCCGCCCGCCUCUCCUCCCCCUCAGCAGCAUCUACAGCCGCCGCCGUCCCUGGAUUCCAACAGCCAUCUCACCGCCGCUGUCGGCAAAUUCACCGAGGAGUGGGACGCCACCCAGCGCGGCAGCUCCAUCAUUGACGGCCCUGCCACCGCCUCCAGGCCAGCAGCCGACAUGCAGCGCUCCAAUUCCAUACACAGCUACUCCGCCGGCGACGACCAGCAGCUGGCCCUCGCCAGGGGCAAUACCCUUAAAAAGAAGGCAUCGAUGCGCCGCACCGGCAGCAUGCGCCGCAGCAGCAGCCGUCGCAGCAACAGAGCCGGCAGCGUCCGCAGCCUCGCCCUCCAAUCCUCGUCGGAUCCCGACGAUGCAUCGAGCGCCUUCUACUGCCCCGUUCCCACCUCCGGCACCCCGACGGACGUGCUUGCCGGUCGAUUCCAGACAUGGAGAAAGAUCCUUAAGGACCUCAUCGCCUACUUUCGCGAGAUUCAAUCCCACUACGAGCACCGUUCAAAGUCCCUUGUCAAGCUCGCAAACGUCGCAAACAACAUCUCCACCCCUCCCAGCUUCCUCAAGACGGCCGGCCUCGACGAUGCCCUGCAGUUCUUGCGCAACUACAACACCGCCGCCAUCCAAGAGGCCAACAAGGCCAAGGAGAUUGAGGAGGACGUCAUCCUGGCCCUCACCGGCCUGCGCAGUGACCUCCAGCAAAAGAUCAAGGAGAUCAAGCACCUCUCCGGCGAUUUCAAGAACUCGGUGGAUCGCGAAAUGGAUAGCACACGCAAGGCCGUCAAGACGCUCGCCGACGCUCUUGAGAAGAACGAGGUCGAUUCUGCCUCCACCACUGGCAAGCAGGAUCCCUACCUGCUGCGUCUGGCCGUAGAUCGCCAGGUCGAGCGCCAAGUUGACGAGGAGAACUAUCUUCACCAGGCCUACCUCAAUCUCGAAGGCUCGGGCCGCGAGCUCGAGUCCAUUGUGGUUGGCGAAAUUCAAAAGGCCUACAAUGCCUACACCGGAAUUCUGAAGCGCGAGGCAGACAACGCUUACAACGUCAUCGAGGAGCUGCGUGACGGGCCCAUAGCCAUGCCCAAGGACCAGGAAUGGAUUCACUUUGUGACCCACGACGAUCAGAUCGUCGACCCCACCAUCCCCAUGCGGUCCCCAGAACAGAUUCAUUAUCCUGGCCAGGAUCAUGUCUCCGCCCAGGAGAUUCGCGCCGGGCUCCUGGAGCGCAAGAGCAAAUAUCUCAAGAGCUACACAGCAGGCUGGUACGUGCUUUCGACCACACAUCUGCACGAGUUCAAGUCGGCAGACAAGGCCCAGGCACCCGUCAUGUCGCUCUAUCUUCCGGAGCAAAAGCUGGGGUCGCACUCGACGGAGGGAGGGUCAUCUAACAAGUUUGUCCUCAAGGGUCGCCAAACGGGCACGAUGCACCGAGGACACACCUGGGUAUUCCGAGCCGAAAGCCACGAUACCAUGAUGGCCUGGUACGAGGACAUCAAGGCCCUGACGGAGAAAACGCCCGAGGAACGCAGCCAGUUUGUGCGCACUCACUCCCGAAGCAUGAGCCAGUCCUCUCGGCGGUCGGCCAGCAGCGACGGCAUGGUCGACGAGGACGACGAAGAGCCAUUCUCGGCCAGCCAGAUGGAUGUCGCCCCGGAGCCACGACCAGAGCCCGCGUCCCGGAGGCCCGAACCAGGUGGGCGGUUUCCGUCAGACAUUCAAGUCAACGCGCAGCGAGGCUUACAGGCCGCUCAAUCACCCUCUAGUGUAAGCUCUGGUCGCCAAGAGUACCCGCUGGAUGCCCGAGCGAUGGCCGCCUCCGGAGUCGCGCCGGCCGCCGCCUAUGCGGUCGAAAGCCACGGACAGCAGGACCGCAGCCGUGAUCAGGAUGCCCAUAUGGGAUAUGGUGGAACCGCACUGACUCCCAUGGACGAGAUGCCAUCACAGGCAGCCAUCGCUAGCCAAGAGGCAUACAACGACGGCGUCAACCCAUACACGAGCGAGCCCGCUCACCAAUACCCCCAGGCGCAGCAAGCUAGCGGCUACUUUGCUGCUCCCAUCGUCGCGUCCCAGGCUCGUUACGAGCCGAGUGAGAAAGCAGCGACGGCUGGGCGUAGCAACCCGGGCUACGCCCAAGAAUGUAGAGAGGUGGAUGACGAAGUUGAGGCUUACGAGAGGCGCCAGAACGGCCAGAACGGCCACGGCCCGUUUGACUUGAACGGCGUCAGCUACGUCAAUGGUGGAAUCGAAGGCGAGAACCAAAGAGUUGUUGGCAUGACGGCUGGCAGCAUCCCCAGGUCUGAGACGCACCAAGAACUAGCACUGCAAUCGGUGCCCGAGGCCAAGACGGUCGAUCACGUGGUGCAAGGCGACACUUCGUUGACGGACAAGCCCACGCCGCAGCGGCCGACGGAGACGAGGGCGGACAGCGUGGCCACGCUCUCGAACCUGCCUAUGCCUGGCAAGUACCCCAAGGGGAGCGGGGCCACCUCGCCUUGA